CAUUUGUUCACUUUGUUUAUGUUUCAUCUUGUCAGAUAUUUUGCCACGUCUGUCUUAACAAAUUCAUCCUCUUUUCUUGCAUUGAAACGUUAAUUCAUUGCAAAAUCCUUUCAACAACCAUGAAAGCUAUGUACAGUAUGCGAAGUCCAGCUGUGAAGAGACUGAUGAAAGAAGCACAGGAGCUACGUGAGCCAACAGAACUGUAUUUCACACAACCUUUAGAGGAUAAUUUAUUUGAAUGGCAUUUUACUAUUAGAGGACCAGAAAACUCUGAUUUUGAUGGAGGAUUGUAUCAUGGUAGAAUAAUACUGCCUCCUGAUUAUCCAAUGAAACCUCCAAAUGUUAUAUUAUUGACUCCAAAUGGGCGAUUUGAAACUAAUAAGAAGAUAUGUCUGAGUAUAUCUGGACAUCAUCCAGAGUCAUGGCAACCAUCUUGGUCUAUAAGGACUGCCUUAUUAGCCAUCAUAGGUUUUAUGCCUACACAUGGAAGUGGUGCUAUAGGAUCAUUGGAUUACCCACCAGAGGAAAGAAAGAAAUUAGCAAAAAGAACAUUAGACUGGAAGUGUGAGAACUGUGGCAAUAUAGCCGCCAUCCUGAAACCAGUGACGGAGGCUUCUAAAGCGGCUAAUGAAGAGGCUAAAGAAUUAGCAUCACAGAUAAACUUUAGGGGUGAAAAAUCAGCCUCAGACAACAAGCCUGCAGAGGAAACAGCUUCAAGUUCUACAGCCUCAGCACCAGUUACCACAGCUACAAGUUCUACAGCCUCCACACCUAUAACUACUCCUCCAAAUACACCUGUUUAUCCAGCUUUUCCAAACAUGCCUGCACAGUUUCCUUUCCCAGCAUUUCCGUUUCCUCAACAAUUUCCUAACAUGGCAAACUCUCCACAACAACAGCAACAGCAGCAAGGAUCAAAUUUUGUACCCAGGUUUCCUUUUCCUCCAACAUUUCUACCAUCAAUGUUUGCCCAAAUGAGAAUGUCUGCAGGAAAUCCUUUUAUUGCUGCAAAUCAAACUUCUGGAUUCCGAAGUCCUUUUCUGAAUAACAGUGCUGCUCCUAAUUCAUUAUCAAGUUCUCAGACAACAAAUAAUUCAGACAAUACACCCAAUACACAAUCAGUGCCAAGCUCGAAUGCAGGAGCAAAUAUAACCAGUUCAAAUCCUGCCUCUGGUUUGGAGAAUGAUCAAAUUGAAAGUUCUACAGCCUCAUCUUUAGAAAUAGAUAGAGGUGAACAGGCUGUUGCUCCUCCUGCGACUGAAUCAAACACAAGUACAGCUGGAUUAAGACAAAGAAACAUUGAUUCUCACCCUGUACGUCCUCAGCAAGGUCCUAGUCAUGUGCAGUAUGCAGAACUUGAACCUGAACCAGAACAUUCUGUAUCAGUACUAUCUACUAUACUUAUCGUUAUAUUAUUGAUAGGUAUAGUUCUAUUAUUACUGAGGAGGCUUUACCUCCAAAGGAUGUGGAGAAUGCCAUUUUGAGUGUUAAUAGAAAUCAAAUAUAAUUGAGAAUACUAGUAUAAUAAAACAUGAAAUCCUAUUGUAAAGAUUAUACAUGUUAAGCUUUUAUGUUAAGCUUGUUUGUAAUAAUAUUAUCUUUUGGAUACAUUUAAGAUUGGUCAUUUGGGUGGAUUAUGAGUAAUCAUCAUCAUCAUUAUGUUUGUUUUCAAUCACUGUGUAAUAUGUUAUCAGCAAUAGAAAGAAAAAAGCUCCAUCUUGUAUUUAAACCAUUUUAUUGAUUGCAAAGACAAAAAGAAUACGGUUGAACAAACCCUUUUUUGUUCAUUUACUUACAUUGUAUUUUUAAUCUUCUGUUGAGGGAAAUCAUCUUAACAUGCUAAAUGCCACAAUCAAACAAUGAAAUCAUAAAAAUAUGUUAUGAUAGUUUCUUGUCAUCUUUCUUUUUUUCAAAAUUACAUGUGUCGAAAUUGUUUAUUGUUUUCAGCUACUUUUUAUUGUACCUUUCUAAUUUUUGCUGAUGAUACCUUUCCAAUUUUAUUUUCAGAGAAAUUAUGUUAAUGUGCUUGUUUAUCUUUUAUCCUCUCUCUUUGACCAUGUGGACACCUCUUUUCUAUUCAAGCAAAUGUAAGUUGCAAUAUGACAAGGUAUGAUUUUAUUUACUACAAAUUGACCAAGGAUUAAGAAUAAAGCAAAACAAGAGUUCUGUAAAUCUUACAACUAAUAAUGUUCUAAAGACAGUAUCCAGAGCAAAAUUAUGAAUAUUUUAUGUUUCAUUUUUCAAUAUUUUACUGACAAACAAACUAUUUUUUGUAGUCAACAUUACAAUGGUCAAACCUUUGUGUAAUGUAUGAAAAUUUUACAGAAGCCUUUCUAUGAUUGAGUGAUAUCAUCGAAAGCAAAAUUUUAAUAAUAUACUGUAAAUUCAGAAAUUAUUGCGAGGUUUUUAUUAUUGCGACAAAUGCGACAGAGUUGUAAACGCAAUAAUUUAAACUCGCAUUUUGAAAUAUUUUAUAUGAACUAAACAGGAUUUUUCUCGAAAUCGUAAAAAUUAAAAUCGCAUUUAAGUCUAAAAUGACAAAAUCGCAAUAAUAAAUGCACGCAAUAAUUUCUGAAUUUACAGUAUAUAAAAAAAAAUCUUUAAAUUUAGUGCAAGAUGGACUUUUGCAGUUAAUAUUUACAUACUUCUAGGGUUAAAUUUUCAUAUCAAUAAUUUUGUUCGACCUCCAUGGAAUAUUAAAAAACUUGGACAGAAGCAUCUUCAUUAACAAAAAAUAGCAUUUGUAGAUAAGAAUUUUUUUUUUAUUACAUUUCAGUAUAUUACUGAUAGUGGCUUUAAUGUGUUGCCUGACAGAGAAGAUUAGCGACAGAGAGAGCGAGCACUUCUGUGGUCUUAGUUGUCCACUUUAUCAUUCUGGUCAACUUUCAAAUUCAGAAAUAACAAAUUAUUUGGUAUUUUUUGUACAGGAAUUGAUUGUUUUGCUUCCAAGAUUUCAUGGUUCUCAAUAUUUCUUUACCUUUAGCAUUUCUUUUUGCACUUUAAACAAGUGAAAAUAUGUUAAUUAACAAAGUAAGAAAUAAGACAAAAAAAUUAAAUGAUGAAAUUGUCAAAACACUCAACUGUCUAAAAUGGUGAUAGAAUUUACUUGUAACUUCAUUAAAAAGGAUUUUGAUUGUUAUGUUGUUCUUAACUGAUGAGAGGGGCCUCAGUAGCUAAGUGGUCUAAGUAGUUUACAGUUUCUACUGUGUCACUAGCCUGUCAACACUGAAUAGUGAGGUUGAACCCUGCAAGUCACAGGUGUAUUCGACCUCAAUCUUAAUUGAAUAGGAUUACCGGUUUUCCUGUGUAGGGUCAGUGGUUCUCUCUGGCUCUCUGGCUUCCUCCAUAAAAAAAACUGGCCUCCACAAAAUAGUUAGAAGUGCUGAAAGUGGCAUUAAACACCAAAUAAUUAAUCAAUCUUCACUGAAGUAGGCAGAUGCUGUUUAGAUAAGCCUUUAACUUGUUUGUUUUAUUGAUGUUUUUAAAAAAUAUAUUAUAGAAUCAUUGAAGUUAGAAUCAUAUGACUAAUAUGAAAUUGAAGUUUAUCUUAAUAUGGAAGAUUUAGCAGGCUUCAGUUGAAAAAUGUCACAUACAAUGACAGAUUUGAGUAUAUAUAGUGCUUCUGAAAAUGUUACCAUGUGUUAAUUUUGUUUUUAUAAUUGUUAAAUUAUUUUGGUUGUAACUUAAAUAAAAGGUGAAAAGUAAA